AUGCUGCCACACUAUAAUGGGGGAAUGGGUGCGUGCAUGCAUAGAGGGGUGUUCACAUGGGUGCGAGAUCACAGAAAAAGCCAUCAGAUGGGUGUGUGCCAUCAGGAGGAGGAGGAGGAGGAGGAGGAGGAGGAGGAGGAGGAGGAGGAGGAGGAGGAGGAGGAGGAGGAGGAGGAGGAGGGGAGAAAGGGAGAAAGGCCGCAUCGGAGAAGGAUGCUCACCAGGAGGAGUAGAAAGGAAGAAACGCCACAUCGGAGAAGGAUGGUGCUGAUGCUGAUGAGAGGAGCUGGAGCCGUGACGGUGGGAGGGACUGGUGGGGGGGAUGGAAACGUGGGCCGUUGGGGAGUUGAGGGGGUAGGGAGAUGGGGCGGUGGGGGUUUGGGGGAGGUGGAAGCAACAGGAGUCAGAGAGGAGGAAGACAGGGAGUAA